AUGCCUGGUAUUUCAACUUCCCAUGAUAUUAUUGGUACUUCUUCCUUUUGGACUGGUAAACCACCUAUUUAUGGUAUUUGUCCUGGUGUUGAGCCGAAUGGUUCAAUCAAACCUUUACCUCAAGUAAAAUCAAAUGCUACUCGAAAAGAAUUACUCGAUUAUUUUGAUAAUACAUGGACAUUAACUGAAGUCGUAUUCGAUGGAUUAAUAAAUGAAGAAGCAUAUUAUCGUCGUCCUUAUCAUAAAUUACGUCAUCCAAUGAUCUUUUAUUAUGGUCAUCCAGCUGUCGUAUAUAUAAAUAAACUACGUGUAGCCGGUAUACUUAAUGUUGGAAUAAAUGAAGAAUAUGAAAAAUUAUUUGAAACUGGUGUCGAUGAAAUGAGAUGGGAUGAUUUACAUGAAGGUAACGAUAAUAUUUGGCCAACGAUAAAUGAAGUACAUCAAUAUCGUGCUAAAGUAUAUCAAGUUAUUUACCAAAUAAUCGAAACACAUCCAUUAUUGAAUGAUGAACACAUGCCAAUUAGUAUUGAUAAACCAAUGUGGGCAUUACUUAUGGGUUUUGAACAUGAACGUAUUCAUUUAGAAACAUUUUCAGUGUUGAUUAGGGAAUUGCCUAUUGAAUUUGUACGUAUUCCUCCAGCAUGGUCAGUUUCAACUGAAAAAAAAAGUUACAACCCACGUCGAAAACUAAUACAGACGAGCGUGUUCUGA